GCCAAUCGGCGGGCGCGCCCUCGUUGCCGCUCUAUGCCGCUCCGCCCAGGCUCGCUGGUCCCAGAAGGCGCCGGGUUUCCCAAGAUGGCGGCCGACGUGUCCGUUACUCACCGGCCCCCGCUGAGCCCGGAGGCUGGGGCCGAGGUUGAAGCUGAUGAUGCCGCGGAGCGCCGGGCGCCCGAAGAAGAACUGCCGCCGCUAGAUCCAGAGGAGAUCCGGAAACGGCUAGAACAUACCGAGCGCCAGUUCCGUAACCGCCGCAAGAUACUGAUCCGGGGCCUCCCGGGGGACGUGACCAACCAGGAAGUGCACGACCUGCUCAGCGACUAUGAGCUCAAGUACUGUUUUGUGGACAAAUACAAAGGGACAGCCUUCGUGACCCUGCUGAACGGGGAGCAGGCCGAGGCUGCCAUCCGCGCCUUCCACCAGAGCCACCUGCGGGAGCGCGAGCUGUCCGUACAGCUGCAGCCCACGGACGCCCUGCUCUGCGUGGCCAACCUGCCCCCCAGCUUCACCCAGCAGCAGUUCGAGGAGCUGGUGCGGCCCUUCGGCAGCCUGGAGCGCUGCUUUCUGGUCUACAGCGAGCGCACCGGCCACUCCAAGGGCUACGGCUUCGCGGAGUACAUGAAGAAGGACUCGGCCGCCCGCGCCAAGUCGGACCUGCUGGGCAAGCCGCUGGGCCCGCGCACCCUCUACGUGCACUGGACAGAUGCCGGGCAGCUGACACCCGAGCUGCUGCAUUCGCGCUGCCUCUGCGUCGACCAGCUGCCCCCUGGCUUCAGCGACGGGGACGCCCUGCGCCGGGCACUGGCGGCAGCCCACACGCCCACCUUUUGCCAGCUGGCAUAUGGCCAGGAUGGGCAGCUGAAGGGCUUCGCUGUGCUGGAGUACGAGACGGCGGAAAUGGCAGAAGAAGCGCAGCAGCGGGCGGACGGCCUGGCGCUGGGGGGCAGCCACUUGCGCGUCUCCUUCUGUGCCCCAGGGCCCCCUGGCCGCAGCAUGCUGGCCGCGCUCAUCGCUGCCCAGGCCACGGCCCUCAAUCGGGGCAAAGGACUCCUGCCCGAGCCCAACAUCCUGCAGCUGCUCAACAACCUGGGGCCCUCUGCUUCCCUCCAGCUGCUGUUGCACCCCCUGCUCCACGGCAGUGCAGGGGGCAAGCAGGGCCUCCUGGGUGCACCUCCGGCCAUGCCACUGCUCAGCGGGCCCGCCCUAUCCACGGCGCUCCUGCAGCUCGCCCUGCAGACCCAGAGUCAGAAGAAGCCCGGGAUCUUGGGAGACUCUCCCCUGGGCACCCUUCAGCCUGGGGCCCAGCCGGCCAACCCCCUCCUCGGGGAGCUGUCUGCAGGGGGGGCCCUGCCCCCGGAGCUGCCGCCCCGGCGAGGGAAGCCGCCACCUCUGCUGCCGCCACUGCUUGGCCCCUCUGGGGGUGACCGGGAAGCCAUAGGCCUGGGUCCCCCAGCAGCCCAGCUCACUCCACCCCCUGCCCCAGUGGGACUCCGAGGCACCGGCCUUAGGAGCCUCCAGAAAGACAGUGGACCUCUGCCAGCACCCCCUGGGGUCUCGCUGCUGGGGGAACCCCCAAAGGACUUCCGGAUCCCCCUGAAUCCCUACCUGAACCUACACAGCCUACUCCCGGCCAGCAACCUGGCGGGUAAGGAGGCUCGGGGCUGGGGAGGCACAGGGAGAAGCCGCCGCCCGGCUGAGGGCCACCUGCCUAACCCCCCAGCCCCUGGAGGUGGUGGUGGAGGCGGCGGCAGCAGCAAAGCCUUCCAGCUCAAGUCCCGCCUGCUCAGCCCUCUCGCCAGCACCCGCCUGCCCCCUGAACCAGGGCUGCCUGACAGCUGUGGUUUCGACUACCCCUCGGAUGUGGGACCUCGGCGGCUCUUCUCCCACCCCCGGGAGCCGGCGCUAGGGCCUCACAGACCCAGCCGACACAAAAUGUCCCCCCCGCCAAGUGGUUUCGGAGAACGGAGUGGCGGGGGCGGCGGGGGGCCCCUCUCCCACUUCUAUUCGGGCUCUCCCACUUCCUACUUCACCAGUGGCCUGCAGGCUGGCCUCAAGCAGAGCCACCUUAACAAGGCUGUCAGCUCCUCUCCACUGGGCUCCGGAGAAGGGCUCCUGGGCCUCGGCCCUGGGCCAAAUGGCCACAGCCACCUGCUGAAGACCCCACUGGGUGGCCAGAAACGCAGCUUUGCCCACCUGCUGCCCUCACCCGAGCCCAGCCCUGAAGGCAGCUAUGUGGGCCAGCACUCCCAGGGCCUUGGGGGCCACUACGCAGAUUCCUACCUGAAGCGCAAGCGGAUUUUCUAAGGGUCCAGUGCCAGAGAUGCUCAAGGGCCUGCACCAAAUCGCUUUUGGGUUUUCUGGUGUUCUGUUUGUGUUUUUUUUCCCCCCCUUUCAGUAAUAGAAAAAUCUCUGAAAGACUUUGUUGACCAACCAGCCGGAACCCAAGGAGUGUGGGGGAGUCUGGGGGCCACUAUGCACCUCUGGCCUGCUCCCGGCAUGGAAACUCUACAGCCUUAAGAGAGAGGGGCCCUGGCCUGCUCUCUGUCCCCUCCCCUGUAUCCGCCUGUGUCUGUGUCUCUCUGGGAGUCCUCUCCUGCCUAGUCACUCCUGUAUCUUGGCCUUUUGAGUGCCUUGGAGGUUCCCCUGACCUCCCGUGAGGAUCAGAGACUGUCCCCCUUUUUUAACUUUGACAAUUGACUUUUGUUUCCUUUUCUAAUUUGUAUUAUUUUUUAAACAAUCCAGGACGACCCCCAGCUCUGAUUCCUUCAAGGUCCAGCAUGUCUGGGCCUUCAUUCCACUCUUUUCGGUUUGAAAUGGCUCAGCCCUCUUUCUCUCAUGUCUGCUGCAGGCAUGGCUGUGUCCUGCCCCUGCCUGCCCACUCUGGCCUGUAUUCCAGCUGGGGGUUCCCAGCCCCCUGCCA